AUGGAGCCCGGCCGGCUCAUCUUCAACACGUCGGGCUCCGGCAACGGACAGAUGCUCUUCAUGGACUGUGGCGCGGGCGGCAUCGCCGGCGCGGCCGGCGUGUUCCAUCGAGGGGUGAGACCGGUCCUCGGCGGCAUGGAAGAAGGGCGCGGCGUGAAGCGGCCCUUCUUCACCUCGCCGGAUGACAUGCUCGAGGAGGAGUACUACGACGAGCAGCUCCCGGAGAAGAAGCGGCGCCUCACCCCAGAGCAGGUCCACCUGCUGGAGAGGAGCUUCGAGGAGGAGAACAAGCUGGAGCCGGAGAGGAAGACGGAGCUGGCCCGCAAGCUCGGCCUGCAGCCACGCCAGGUGGCCGUCUGGUUCCAGAACCGCCGCGCCCGGUGGAAGACAAAGACGCUGGAGCGCGACUUCGACCGCCUCAAGGCGUCCUUCGACGCCCUCCGCGCCGACCACGACGCCCUCCUCCAGGACAACCACCGGCUCCUGUCACAGGUGGUAACGUUGACCGAGAAGAUGCAAGAUAAGGAGGCGCCGGAAGGCAGCUUCGGUGCAGCCGUCGACGCCUCGGAGCCGGAGCAGGCGGCGGCGGAGGCGGAGGCGAAGACUUCCUUGGCCGACGCCGAGGAACAGGCCGCGGCAGCGGAGGCGUUCGAGGUGGUGCAGCAGCAACAGCAGCUGCAUGUGAAGGACGAGGAGAGGCUAAGCCCGGGGAGCGGCGGGAGCGCGGUGCUGGACGCGAGGGACGCGCUGCUCGGGAGCGGAUGCGGCCUCGCCGGCGUGGUGGACAGCAGCGUGGACUCGUACUGCUUCCCGGGGGGCGCCGGCGGCGACGAGUACCACGAGUGCGUGAUGGGCCCCGUGGCGGGCGGUAUCCAGUCGGAGGAGGACGACGGCGCGGGCAGCGACGAGGGCUGCAGCUACUACCCCGACGACGCCGCCGUCUUCUUCGCCGCGGCGCAAGGGCACAGCCACCAUCACACGGACGACGACGAUCAGGACGACGGCCAGAUCAGCUACUGGAUGUGGAACUAG